AUGCCCCGACGGUCAAGACGGCUGCCAGGGCGGUUCACCUUUUUCCUUAUGUGCCUCCUGCAAUCAGCAGUGCAGUCAUGGCCGUGGUGGCUGCAGGUGGAGCGCCUGCGGACGCUAGAAGCAAAGGCCCGUGUGCUGGAUUGGUUUGAGACAUUGAUGCGGGCCUGCUAUGCACCUUUCUUUUACAUUUGGCAAACUUUUGUCCCUCCCUGGACAUGGACUACGCCACGCUAUGCCUUGCCCGACAAGCUUGACUUUACCGAUGCCCACUUCGCGGCGGCAUUGGCAUCGGCAACGGUGACAACGUCAGCCCUUGCCUUCUUCGCCUACUCCGCAACCCCGAGUGCCUACAGCUGGAUCUACCGGCCACUCUGGAUGGCGUGGGUGACGUACUUGUCACUACUGCUGCCGACAUUGGGCGUCGUCUCAACGCACGUCUGGGCAUUGGCCGCCGACAGAUACGUGUACUUGCCGAGUCUCUGCGUCUUUGUGCCAUGCACGGCGGGCCUGCUCCAAAGCUUGGCUGAGGGAGCUUCGUGGAAGCGGCGGGGUGUGCUCGGGGUCCUCAGCAUGACCUACAUCUUCUCGUGUGCAUGGCGCGCGGACGAGGUCGCGCUGCACUGGGCAUCCGGGUCGUCGACCCUUUUCGAGGCGAUCCUUCGUGAAGAGCCCAGUCAGUUCCAUACAUUGAAGGACUUUGGAACUUUCCAGCUCAAACGGGGCAAGCUUGGCGAAGCCAAAGCAAUGCUUUCCCAUGCCUUGCAGAUCCGUCCUGAUCAUGGCGGCCUCCUCUUGAAUGUCGCUGCGCUGCUCCAUCAGUCCAAAGAAACGGCUGAGGCUGAAGCGAUGUAUCGGAAGGCAUGUGCCGCGGCAAAGGCCGCUGCGGAGAAAUGCCAAGGCUGCCAGCCAGCAAUGACGGAGCUUGCGAAAGCUCAAGCUAAUUAUGGCGGCCUGCUGCUGCAGCUCGGGCGACACACAGAUGCAGCUUCGGUGCUGGAGGCCGGCCAGCCAUGGGAAAAUGCUGUGGACUCAGCCCGCGGGCCAGGCUUUUUCCACCUCUGCUUGGCCCAUCGCGGGCUGGGCCGUUUGGAAAGUGCCUUGAGAAACUGCCAUGCUGCCGCUGCUGCCCACAGCACAGCAGCGCAGGCAGUUCUGCGGCAGCAUGAAGCCGAGGUGCAGAUCCAGGGCCUGCGCUGA